GGCGGAUGUUGUUAUUACUACUUCCGGGUGAGACCACUCGGGCGCCAUCUUGUCUUGUUCGGGAAGAAGUAGAAGCAGCGAAAGGGUUGGAGGUAUUACAGGAACGGUGGCGGCAACCGUAUUCCGGAAUCACAGGCAUAAGUAAUUUUGCUGCUAUGCUUCCAAGCUGUAGUCUGAAUCUGUCUAAAUUUUAAACAGAAGGUGAAUCUCUAAGAAAAUCAAAUAUAUUUUUAAAGUCAGGAUGUGGGAUCAAGGAGGACAGCCUUGGCAGCAAUGGCCAUUGAACCAACAACAGUGGAUGCAGUCAUUCCAGCACCAGCAGGAUCCAAGCCAGAUUGAUUGGGCUGCAUUGGCUCAAGCUUGGAUUGCCCAAAGAGAAGCUUCAGGACAGCAAAGCAUGGUAGAACAACCACCAGGAAUGAUGCCAAAUGGACAAGAUAUGUCUACAAUGGAAUCUGGUCCAAACAAUCAUGGGAAUUUUCAAGGGGAUUCAAACUUUAACAGGAUGUGGCAACCAGAAUGGGGAAUGCAUCAGCAACCCCCACAUCCCCCUCCAGAUCAGCCAUGGAUGCCACCAACACCAGGCCCAAUGGACAUUGUUCCUCCUUCCGAAGACAGCAACAGUCAGGACAGUGGGGAAUUUGCCCCUGACAACAGGCAUAUAUUUAACCAGAACAAUCACAACUUUGGUGGACCACCCGAUAAUUUUGCAGUGGGCCCAGUGAACCAGUUUGACUAUCAGCAUGGGGCUGCUUUUGGUCCACCGCAAGGUGGAUUUCAUCCUCCUUAUUGGCAACCAGGACCUCCAGGACCUCCAGCACCUCCCCAGAAUCGAAGAGAAAGGCCAUCAUCAUUCAGGGAUCGGCAGCGUUCACCUAUUGCACUUCCUGUGAAGCAGGAGCCUCCACAAAUUGAUGCAGUAAAACGCAGGACUCUUCCAGCUUGGAUUCGGGAAGGUCUUGAAAAAAUGGAACGUGAAAAGCAAAAGAAGUUGGAGAAAGAAAGAAUGGAACAACAGCGUUCACAGUUGUCCAAAAAAGAAAAGAAGACUACAGAAGAUGCUGAAGGAGGUGAUGGCCCUCGUUUACCUCAGAGAAGUAAAUUUGAUAGUGAUGAGGAAGAUGAAGAUGCUGAAAAUGUUGAGGCUGCAAGCAGUGGAAAAGUCACCAGAAGUCCAUCUCCAGUUCCUCAAGAAGAGCAAAGUGAACCAGAGAUGACUGAAGAAGAGAAAGAGUAUCAAAUGAUGUUAUUGACAAAAAUGCUUUUGACUGAAAUUCUACUGGAUGUCACAGAUGAAGAAAUUUAUUAUGUAGCCAAAGAUGCACACCGGAAAGCAACAAAAGCUCCUGCAAAACAGCUGGCACAGUCCAGUGCACUGGCUUCCCUCACUGGACUCGGUGGACUGGGUGGUUAUGGAUCAGGAGACAGUGAAGAUGAAAGGAGUGACAGAGGCUCUGAGUCAUCUGACACUGACGAUGAGGAAUUACGGCACCGAAUCCGGCAAAAACAGGAAGCUUUUUGGAGAAAAGAAAAAGAACAGCAGCUGUUACAUGAUAAACAGAUGGAAGAAGAAAAGCAACAAACUGAAAGGGUUACAAAAGAGAUGAAUGAAUUUAUCCAUAAAGAGCAAAAUAGUUUAUCAUUACUAGAAGCAAGAGAAACAGAUGGUGAUGUGGUUAAUGAAAAGAAAAGAACUCCAAAUGAAACUACAUCAGUUUUAGAACCAAAAAAAGAUCAUAAAGAAAAAGAGAAACAAGGAAGGAGUAGAUCAGAAAGUUCUAGUAGUGGUAGUUCCAGUAGCAAUAGCAGAACUAGUAGUACUAGUAGUACUGUCUCUAGUUCUUCAUACAGUUCUAGCUCAGGUAGUAGUCGCACAUCUUCUCGAUCUUCUUCUCCUAAAAGGAAAAAGAGACAUAGUAGGAGUAGAUCUCCAACAAUUAAAGCUAGACGUAGUAGGAGUAGAAGUUAUUCUCGCAGAAUUAAAAUAGACAGCAAUAGGGCUAGGGUAAAGAUUAGAGAAAGGAGAAGAUCUAAUAGAAAUAGCAUUGAAAGAGAAAGACGAAGAAAUCGGAGUCCUUCCCGAGAGAGACGUAGAAGUAGAAGUCGCUCAAGGGAUAGGCGAACCAAUCGGUCCAGUCGCAGUAGGAGUCGAGAUAGACGUAAAAUUGAUGACCAACGUGGAAAUCUUAGUGGGAGCAGUCAUAAACAUAAAGGUGAGGCUAAAGAACAAGAGAGGAAAAAAGAGAGAAGUCGAAGUAUAGAUAAAGAUAGGAAAAAGAAAGACAAAGAAAGAGAGCGUGAACAGGAUAAAAGAAAAGAGAAACAAAAAAGGGAAGAAAAAGAUUUUAAGUUCAGUGGUCAGGAUGAUAGGUUAAAAAGGAAACGAGAAAGUGAAAGAACUUUCUCUAGGAGUGGUUCUAUAUCUGUUAAAAUCAUCAGACAUGAUUCUAGACAGGAUAGUAAGAAAAGUACUACCAAAGAUAGUAAAAAACAUUCAGGCUCUGAUUCUAGUGGAAGGAGCAGUUCUGAAUCUCCAGGAAGUAGCAAAGAAAAGAAGGCUAAGAAGCCUAAACAUAGUCGAUCGCGAUCCAUGGAGAAAUCUCAAAGGUCUGGUAAGAAGGCAAGCCGCAAACACAAGUCUAAGUCCCGAUCAAGAUCAACAACCCCUCUCCGUCGUAAACGCUGAGGAAUGAUGUGGCAAGAAUGCCAUGAUGUUUAAAAAAUUCCAUGAGUUUUAAGGGCUUGUCUCAUUAUAGAGGCACAUUGUGGCUGUGUAGGUGAAACCAGAAUUUUUUUUUUUAAUCUGUAAAUAGGUGUACUUUUUCCAAAUGCUGCUCCGUUAAUAGGAUUUCUUUGUAUUACUUUUUUUUUUUUUUCAAAAAAAUAGUGCACAAUAAGACUAUAAACAUGCCAUUCUCUUUCAGCUGUAAUAUUCUUAAAAUUAUUCUUGAAUGUACUGUGAUGUCAAUAAAGCUCUUUAGUUCAUUUUUGUUAACCUCUUGCACCUUAAUUUUAUGAUUUUAAUCUAAGGAACGUACUUUUAUAAAAAGGCAGCUGGAACUUUGUAUAACAAGUUUUAAAGGUACUUCCUCCCAUAUCCCCCAAAGAAAAUGGUUUUAUCUCAAUAGUCUGUCAAAGUUUGUAAAUUUGUACCCAUGGAUUUUUGUCAAAUUCCAACUUUAAGGGUGUGGAAGAGGGCCAGAAACAGACAUUUACUUUUAAUUUGGAAUCAUUAGACAGCUUUCUAAACUUUUCCUAUUUAGGGGAUUUUCAAGUAAUAUAUUCUCUGUGUAUAAAGUAUGGUUCACUCCUGUAAAAUGAAAUUGCUGGAUUCAGUCAAGCCAGUGUACCAAUUGGAGUUAUUAUAAGGAAUGAUUGUGUUUGACUCUAUUAGUCAAGUCUGGAACUAUAUUCUGCAGUUACCCACUUCUGUUUUAGAAGUGUAUUUGAAACACUUUGGGGUUAUUACAGAAAUAAAACUCACAAUUCAAUAUAUUUAUUUAUAUUUUUUUAAAGUAUAUGACCAGCUCAGUGGAGAAAUGCUGUAUUAUGCAGGCUGUGUCAGUCUCAUAAUUUGAAAUGGUUUUGUUUUGUUAGUUUCUUAAAAUUAGGCUCAGUGAGUGGUCUAGCAAUUUAAGGCAGUUAUAACUUAUGAGUAAAAUGAAGGCUCUACAGGCAUUUUAAUGCUCAGCUGCUUUCAGGGUUCAUUUUUAUGUGAUUAUUCACUUAUGCCACAAUAAUCAGAUAAGUCUCUAAAAACAAACGCUUUUAAAUUUUAAUUUAAAAAGAGCAGGUGCAGGUCACAGAAAUGUUUUAAAGUAUGCCUUUUUACCAGCAAUAGUUAAUUUUAAAAUAAGCCAGAAUUUUGCCAAGAUCAGUAUUUCCUCAAAACGAAGAUGGAAAUAGAUUUGUAUAGUGUGCUCUUGUUACCUCUACAUAGUUCUUAAAUAAUUUUGAGCAGUUAUGCAUUUAUCUAGAGGAAAUAAAUCAACUGUGAAUAAAUGCAUGUUUACCAAAAUGGUUGUUUUACAGUGCAUUCAGUUCUGAUAUUUAUGAAGUUGACAUUUCACAGAAUAACUUUUAAAUAGUUUAGAAUUCUAUAUAGUUUAGACAUCAGUCACAUCUGGAGACAAAAUAAAGGAAAGUGUGCAAUAUUUUUUAUGUAGGUGAGCUAACAUGGUAUACCUAAUUGUAGAAUUACUCAAUUAAUUUGUAAUAGAUAAGUUGUAUAACAUUUUCAUAUCUUAAAAUGUUUUUUAGAUCAAUCUUCAAGUGAAAUAAUAUUUUCAAAAUAAAAUUCUACGGAAAAGUU